CUAUGCAUGUUUACUUCAUGAAGAGGUAAUACAUUCGUUCUAUAAUACCUAUUGAUAAUAUUAUUGCUAUGUACAGUGGACAUUUUUGCUUUUAUCACGCUGGAGCAAGAUGAAAGGCCUCUACAUUGUCACACGAUACCUCUCCUUCAUCUUUCUCGCCACAGAUCUAUAUAUGUACUUUGUCCCGAAUGAGAACCUAAGCAAAUGUCGGGCAUUGGACAAUAUUCAAACAGGGAUCGGCAUGCUAUUAGUUGUUUGCUCCGAUUACUUUUUCAUCCUUAGAACAUACGUGCUCUGGAACAAGAAUAAAAUCUUGCUCGCGGCCAUGCUGUUCACCUUUGUUUCUGUUAUCGUAGCAUGCUUCGGUGUUGCCUUUUCCACUAUCGUCCCUGCAGCAUAUGUCACUAGCACAAUCCCGGGAAUCACAGGGUGCUACCGGAGUUCAGACAGUUACCAGCCCUUUAUACCAUUCCUUCUCCUUUCUGUGUUCCAAUUGGGACUCAUGAUCCUCAUGCUUAUACGUGCCAUACAGAGCUCGCGGACAAACCAAAGCCGUCUGUACGUUGUCCUGGUGAACCAUAAGAUAUUCUAUUAUGUAUGCGGUUUUUUGUUUUCGGUAACGAAUAUCAUCACACCGAUGCUCCUCCAGAACUCCUACCAGACUAUUUUGAAUAGUGUCCAGUUCAUCAUGCUUGCAAUCCUUGCCACGCACAUGCACCUCCAUCUCUGGCAGGUGAACCGACAUCCACACGGCUCUACUAGUGCCCUUGUUCAUAUUCCAAUGUCCGACAUUUCAUUUGAAAAUCCCACAGUGUGAUGUCUUACUCCGCGGCUUAAUUGGUGCCGUCCAUGGAGCGCGAGGCUUGGAACGUACAAGAUGACUGCUGGAUGUGGGCUUGGUAGACUUUGUUACAUGCUUAACUUAUUGGACGAGUCUGUUGCGGAGUGGGAGGAGCAUUUGGAUGUCCUCGGUCUACCUGACACCCUAGUUUGUAAUGUAAGCGGUGGCAGAUUCAGGAUCCAGAAUUUGAGUAUGCUAGAGCCAGACGGAAAUGAUCAUUAUGGUACAAGUCUACUGGAG